AUGUCGGGAUAUGAAGGAGAAAAAGAGAAAAUUCGCCUUUAUCAACGUAUCACGCAUUUUUUUGUUGUCAUAUCUUAUGCCUUUGUCCUAUCUUUGGUUACUUUCAUUAGUUCCGUUGUCAUUUUCAAGAAAGUAGAAAUGAAAGCAAGCAGUUUCAGAGCUUUCGCCUGUUCUAUCGUAACGCAAAUCAGUUCAAUGUAUGAAGCAACGCUAUGGAUGUGGUUUGUAUCAACCUGCAUAUUAUGUAGCAUAAUCAUUUUGCAGAGAUUCAAUGCUUUGUCUGUCGAAUUACAACGAGCAAAAAUGCAAUGGCAGAAAAAGAAUAUAGAUGAUUUGAUUUCCAAACAUUUCGAGCUUUGCGAAUUCAUCUUAAAUGUCAACGAAAAGUGGAACAGAUAUUUAUUUUUUAUUUACGGGAUUGCUCUAUAUCUUCUAUCUUUUCUUAUCUACAGUUCAGUUUUUGGAGAAUUCGUUUGGUAUCUACAAAUUUUGAUAUGUUUUGCUACAAUACUUCUCACUAUUGUAGUGAUUGUCUGCGCUUUUGCGGCUUCUCGACUCUCGGCCUCGGCUUAUGAUUCCUUUCAAGAGAUCAGAAGAUUUGCCGGAACAUCUCAUUCUUUGGCUGACAAGCUUAAGGUAUUGGAUUUUAUGAAGAAAUUUCAAGAAAAUAAAAUUGGAUUCAGCUGCGGCAGUCUGGCAGAUAUUGAUAUCAUAGGAUUUCCUCCAUAUUCUUGUGAUAAACAUUAG